AUGAAAUCUAUAUAUUGUUUAUUAUCUAUUUUUGUCAUAGUCUUUAGUGAAUAGGUGACAUCUGAUGAAACAACAUAUGCAUAUUUUAACUUAAUCAAAGAUGCCUAUAAUUAAUGUAUAGAUAUUUUAUGAUUUUAGAAAAUCCUCGAAGAAUUUACAAUCUUUUCUCAUAAAUUAGUAAGGAUUCUCUAAGUUAUGAAAAAUUUUCAAAAGAAAUUAUGGAAAUAUAUGAUCGAUCUGGAAGAAUAGCAUAUUGGACCCAUAUAUCUAUAAAUUCUGAUAAUCCAGAAUUUACAUUGGGUUUUGAGAAAAAUUUGGCUGUUGGAGGACUUAUUUGGACAUACAGUGAUAAAAAUUUUUUAAGAUUUGCUCUAUAUGAUUUUGCUCAACCUACAAUGAUUGAUUUUUUUUAGAAUAAUUAAAAUAAAGUCACAUUUACUGCUAUAACAGAUGGGAAGACUCUUAUUGAUUAUUUUGGGAAUAGAGAUUAAGAUUUAAUGAGUGUAUUCAAAAUAACAGUAGCAAUAGAAUUUUCAAGGUAGGCAAAUGAAAAAAUUAUUGAUAAAGAUUAGUUUGUGAGCAUUAAUGAUAUUAAUAAGUUUUUUGUUCCCUCUAUAGAUAUUUAUCAUUAGUAAUUCUUAGAUAUUUGGAAAGCUAAUGAUUGGAUUGUAGAUAAUAAAAUGAAAUUAUAAGAUGUAGUAAAAGGAAUGAUAGCAUUCAGUUCAAACUCUUGUACAGAGUUUUUGCAAUCAUUAUUAACUAUGAAAUCAAUACAGGAACUUGUAGACUCUGUAAAAUUACAUUAAACUUAAGCUUACUAUUUAGCAUCAUAUUAGCUUUCAUAUUUAAAUCUUCAUAAUUUGCCAAAUGAUGAAUAUAUCAAAGAAAUAGAUUCCUUAACAUCUGAAUAAGUAUUGAAUAGAUCAAAUAAUAUUCAUAAUAUUUUAGUAACAGGAUCAUAAGAAGCCAUUAAUCUACUUAAAAGAGGGAAUGAACUACUCAAUGCUUAAGUUUUGGCAAUAUAAACUAAGUAAUUCACGAAAUCUACUACUAAUGCAUAUGCUAAACUUAUGGAUCAAUUAAACAAUCAAGAAUUAUUUGAUUAAGGAUUUUAUGAUAUUUUUUAUCCGCUUAUAGGAAUUGUUGAGCUUUCUAAUCCUGGUUUAAAAAAGUUGUUUAAUCAUGUUGGGGUAUUCAAUUUGUACUAAUUUUAAGGCAAAAGGAGGGUCAUCUGCAAUUUAAAAUGAUACAGCUUGCGUUUUCUCUUAGGCUUAAUUUUCUGAGCUUUAACAUGCAUUACCUUAUAAAACAAUCUCAUAUGCCUUUUUUAUGGAGAAUCUUUUCUGGGAUGAUUAUGAAUCAAUCAUUAUAGGUUUUAAUAGUUUUAAAACAAUGUUAAGCACAAAUGGCUUAUAUCUUAAUGCUGUUGCAUAAAAAUUAAAGUAAAUUUCAUGAAUG